CCAAUCCACUCCGGGAGCACGCGCCCGGCUCAAAACAACCACUCGUUGGUUUCCCACCAAGCGCGCGGUGCCACAUCUGAUCUGCUGCCAUGGACGCGGCCGUCUCCCUGCACCACGGGGCGCCGCUCCCCUCCUUCCCGCCGCCGCCACCUCACCACCACCGCGCGCUCCACCUCAGGCACCCGCCUCCCUCCUCCAUCUCCGCCCGCCUAACCGCCACAGCCGCGCCCCGGCCCAGGGCACCCGCUCGCUCGUCAUCAUCCUCCGCUGCUCCGGCGUCCCUCCCGGCGCAGUUCAGCAGCAGAAGCAGCAGCACCCGCGCCGCCACGGGAUAUGCGGCCGCGCUGGCCGACGCGUCCAUCCGCGCCGGCACGCUGCUCGGCGCUUCCCGCCACGCGCGCGCCCUCCUCCUCCAAGCACCUCGCGGUCGCGGUCGCGGGCGGCAUGAUCCGGAGGAGGAGGUGUUCGACGCGAGGGUGGGGGCGCUGGUGCGGAUGCUGGUUCGGAAGGGCAAGGCCGGCUUGGUCGCCGAGGUCAUGGCCGAGUUCGCCGCCAUCUGCGACCACCUGCUCGUCCUGCGCCCUUCCUCCUCCAGCGGCCCCGCCCGCGCCCGCGCCUACUAGUACUGGUGCCUGCCUACCUGCUGCCUGCACGUAUUUCUCCUAUUCCUAUGCUUCGUUACGAGUUGUAUAUAUGAAUCCUGGCUCGCUCGAUGGCUUACGGUUUCCAGCUUAAGGGCCUCUUUGGAUUUGGAUUGAAGGAAUUUUGUAGAUAUUUUUUUUAGUAAACACGAUACUCCAGAUCCUCAUUCACCGGUGUAUGGGCAGAACGUGCUCGGAUGUCAUGAAGCAAAUACCAAGAGAGAGAUUAUCA